AAUAUAUUUCAAUUUGAUAGAUCACUCGCACGUAUGUGUUUACCGAUAAGGUAAACACAUGUUACAUAUGAUGAUGAUUUAGUAUUGUUUCUCUCUUUAAACAUAUAAUGGUUUAGUAUUGUCUCUCUCUUCAAACAUAUAACAUCAUAUACUAUUAUCGUCGUUAGCAGUGAUUUGUCGAGAAGAUAUUUGACGCAAAAAUGGGAACGAUAUUUUAUAAAUUAUUCUUCUGCGUGGUCCUAACGUUUACCGCCAUGAUGGCCGUUGAUUCUACUUUCAGGGAUGUCUAUAAGCUUGCACAAUACUGCUCUCCUCUUGAUUGGCGUAUACCUAUGGAUGAAGUAGAGCCAAUAAGAUACAACAUUCAGCUUAUAGUAAAGCCGUUCAUAAAAAUGUUGUUAGGCAAAGCUGAUAUCUUGAUUGAUAUAAAAAAACCAAUAAACAGGAUAAUUCUAAAUGCAUACAAAUUACAAAUUGAUCGUGAGCAUACAAUAAUUACUAAGUUUGAACCAAAGAUAGUUAAUGCUACGUUCACAUUUGAAUUACAAAAUUUUGUAUAUUGUGGUAAUGAUAUUCUGAUUCUGUCUUACAACACAAACUUCAUUAUUGGACGAUAUUCCUUACAUAUAGAAUACGCUUCUAAGUUAGAUAAAAAAAUAGAGACAUCAUGUAUCCAUACAUACGGAUUGAGGGUAGUAAUGAGUUUUUAUUCACAAAUCUAUACACACCGAACACUACACGAAGAUUAUUUCCAUGCUGGGAUAAUUCGACAUUUAAAUUAGUCUUCAACAUCUCAAUUAAUCAUCCUAUAGAAUAUACGGUUUUUUCCAAUUUACCUAUACUGAAGGUAACAUCUAGUGAAUUUGGCACACAUUGGACGCAAUUUCAAGAAAUCCUAUCUAUGUCCACUUCUCUUUUGGCCAUAAUGAUGGCCGAUGAUAUUACGAAGGAUCCUAAGAAUCGCGACGUUCAUUUUAUGUGGCAUAAAGUGAAGACAAAAUCAAAUAAUAGAAAAGCACUUCUAUACGCAUACGAAACGAUAGAAGCAACGUGGUUGUAUCUUACCAUGAAAUUACAAUUACAUGCGAAAAGCAUUAUUCCAAAAAUAAAUCAUGUUGUACUUCCAAAUAACCCAAUGAGAUCCAUAGGAAAACCCGGACUUAUUAUUUACAGAUUAUCCGGGUCGUUCAAUUGAUGUUAGAAAAUUAAUAACAUAUGAAAUGGCGCGUCAAAUAUUCGUUGGUAUAGUCGGCAAGAAUAUGAAAACUGAUUUUUGGAUAAACGAGAUACUCGCAUCAUUCUAUAGUUAUUAUAUUGUAGAUCAGGUACUUUAUGUCACCAAAAUUAAUAAGACGCAAACCACUUGCAGUUAGAGCCUCUUCCUGUAAAAAUAUUUAAGCACUCAAAAAUAUAUUUGAUAUCAAUUGCGAAAUAGCAUUUAUUUAUUCUGGCCGCGAUGGUCACGAUGUGUUGUUUUCAGAGACAAAAUCAGAGAUUAAUGGACUUGUUUGUAGUUCAAAUUAUACAACCAGCUUUUGAUAGUGCCGUUGUUAUGGAAAAUGAUUCAAUUAUACAUAGAGCUAAGAAGAUGCUAGUGGAAUUGAUGAACUACUUUAUUCUCUCUUAUAUCAUAAGAAAGCAUUCGGUUUACUUCGUAUGCUGCUUAAUAUAGUCACAAAGGAAAAUUUUGAAGAAGCAGUUCAGAGAUAUGUAUACACACGAACCAAGGACUUGUGGAGUAUUUUGGAAGAAGUCUAUCCUAAAACACAAGAUCGCCAAUAUACAAUAAAAGAAAUAAUGAAUUCAUGGUUAACAUUAAAACAUCAACCUGAAUUGCAUAUUUUAACUGAUGAUGAUGAUGAUCCGAUAGCAAAAUGCGCUAUAACACCUAUUUUUUAUCCUACUGAAUGGAAGUUACCUUAUAUUUAUUUUAUGCCAUCAAAUUUUAGCUUCUACAUUAAGCCGAAAGUGACCUGGGUGAGGCGGAACGAUUGCUUUAUUCCUGUCCCGAAACCACAUCAGUUGUUUAUAGUUAAUUUAAACCAAUCUGGUUACUAUCGUGUUAAAUAUCCACGCAAUUACUGGGAUGAGAUUGUCUCUUACUUAAAGUCUGACGAGUUUACACGCAUACCGGUUCUCAAUCGCGCCCAACUGAUCAACGAUGCGUAUUAUUUUAUGAUAACAUACACAUAUAAUGCAUCCUUCUUUAUGGAUCUUAUUAAAUAUCUAAAACAAGAGAGGGAUUACAUAGCGUGGUAUCCUAUGUUUAAUAUUAUGUUCUACAUGUCCACCGUUCUUAAACUGUCAUGGGCUUCACAUGUGAGAGAAAGUUUUGCGGAAAUCCUAAAUAGUCUUCUUAAUGCAGUGGGAUACCAACCGAAAUUAGACGACAAUAGUAUGACGACGCCGUUAAUAUUAUUAGCGCGGAGGUGGGCAUGUAAGCUAGGUGUGCCAGCGUGUACAAAUGCCGCAACUGCUGAGUUGAUACAUUAUAUGAAGACUAACUCAUAUAAAAAUGACUUGAACAAGAUUUCGUCGAUGUCGAAAGACUGGGUGCUUUGUUCAGGAUUGAUGGCAGCAAGUAUAGAAGUGUGGUUAAAUUUUAUGAAGAUAGACGUAACUUAUAAAAAUAUAGAAUACUUGUCUUGUGUUGAGAAUUCAACGAUUAUUAUACACAUUUUGGAUUUGAUGUUGGAAACGAAUAAGUUUGAUAAAGUAAUACAACCUAUAGGACAGAUAUGUCGUUAUGUUAUUAAAAAACAUGUGAUGAAAAACCCUGUUCUACGAUAUGUGAUAAAGAAUUAUGAUAAAUUAUUAGAAAGAUUUCCAAUUGAUUUUCGUGGCGGCCUUUUAUUAAGCGAUAUGAUUCUAAACGUGUAUGAGGAUGAUCAACUCACAUCGGUAGAAAGUUUUGCACGCAAUAAAUACGUACGUUUAAAAUCUGAGAAUGAUACAUUAUCUUUGUCCUUUAAAAUGUUGUUGCAGACAUGGCGAAAAUAUUUAGGGAAAGUAGAUUAUAAGUUUAGAAACUUUUUAAAAUCAAUAUAAUCUGCACAUUCAGCAGAGAAAG